GUUACGCGACGGUAUAUAUAAAUAUUAUAAUGAUCGCAUUGAUUAAAUAAUAUUAUAAUCUCAAUACUCGUUAUAUCAGUACAUGCGAGUUUAAAUAACAUGCCCAUGGAUUUACGUCGCGGUGCAGUGCCGGUGCAUCGGUUCGUUUUCACAUUAUUAGUUCGUUAAGUAAUACAUAAUAUCAUUGCGUCGGAACAAACACAUCAUUCGUAUAUCGUAUAAAACCAUAUUACGGCAAUGUUCGCCCCGACUAGCUAAAAAUCGCGAUCCUAAUCGUCAAUACUGUUGUGAAGGUUAGGUCAUCGGUAACGCGCCUCAUCCUUCCAAAGUGCUAUCACAACCGUAUAUGAUCUACAUACCUGCAGCAGGGACCACUUGCAGUUGCAAUCGUCUCUAUAACCGUUAUUGGAUAAAGAUACAUGCAAGUAUAGCGCUUCUGCGGGGAAUUAUAAUAUAAUAUUAUUAUUUUGUCGUGUACGAUAUAAUAAUAUUAUAAUACAGAAGACUCYAGCACGUGACAAAAAUGCGGUGGACGACCUGCACGUGAAAAACCGCUGCAGUCGACGAAAAAUGAACGAAUCGGUAACCGUGUGCAGCAGACAACAGGGUCCGUCGUAUCACCACCAUGGCCAUCACGUCGUAGUCAUGCCGGCGCAGUGCAACGGUGACGAAUGCGCGACCGAGCCACAACCGGCCACCGUGGCCGGUUCGUGGACGGCGUACGGCCAUCAGCCCGCGGCGGUCGUCGCCGGUUACCAUCAACAUCACCACCACCAUCACCUGCAACAGCAGCAGCACCAGCAACAACAUCAACAGCAGCACCAGCAACAGGACCAUCACCUCCAUCAUCCGCACCAUCAAGGAAUGCCCGCGGUGCCGCCGCCGCCGCCGCAGUCGUUGAUGCACCAUCACCAUCAGCCGGUAGACGGUGGCGGUUACGCCGCGUGGCCGGCCGCGGUCGUGUACAACAAGAGGCGGCCGUCGUACGCGGACGACGUGCAAGCGUACCAUCACGCGCACCACCACGGGCCCCCGCCUCCACCGCCGCCGACGCACCAUCAGCCGGCCGGCGCAGCGGCCACCUUGCAGGCCGUCGCGGCCUACAACCCGACGACCGUAACGGCUUCGACGGCCACGUGCUCGUCGCCCGGCACGUCGUUGGACGAACCGUCGUCAGCGGCCGCUGCGGCGSCUUCUGCAGCUUACCAGACGGCCAACGACUACAAGUACUGGCCACCCGUGCAGCAGCAACCGUCGCCCACCGGCACAGGACGUGUGAGCCCGUACGGUUGGAUGAAGAGAGUCGAGUACCAGGACCGUCCACAACCGGGUAGAACACGCACCAAAGAUAAGUACAGGGUCGUAUACACCGAUUUGCAGCGCCUAGAACUCGAGAAGGAAUUCCACUUUAACCGAUACAUCACGAUUACAAGAAAAACCGAGCUGUCCAAAAUGCUGAGCCUGUCUGAAAGACAAGUGAAAAUAUGGUUUCAAAACAGACGAGCCAAACAGAGGAAAAUCGACAAAAAACGAGAGGAGACGAUCAUCAACGAGAACUCAAAACAACUGAUCCAGACACCUGUCGAUACGAAUUAUUCGAUCGAGAGCUGUUCGUCUCUGUGAAACGAUCGGUGAAAACAUGUCGAGUAAAUCGAAAAUAUGAAAUAUUCAACGGGUAUAACUUUAUUAUCAAAAUAGUAUGUUCUUAUUAAGAAACCCAAAAACUGUGGGCACAAUGAAAUCGGACGUUAUACAUACUUUGUAUAAUUUUAUAUAUAAUAGAUUGUAAGUUUGAAUCACGUCUGAAAGACGAUAAAACAUUUUUCAUUAUUUAAUUUUUUAAACACAAUUUAAUUUUAAUU